AUGUUCCCUAUCUACUCCUUCCAUCCACUUCCCACUACAGACCGCCGAUGGCGCCCCAAAGUCGAAGAAGUCGCGCCCAAUUGCCCCCGCUGCGAUUCACCAAACACCAAGUUCUGUUAUUACAACAACUAUUGCCUCGCUCAACCCCGCUACUUAUGUAAAGGCUGUCGCCGCUAUUGGACCAAAGGAGGCUCUCUCCGCAGCAUUCCCGUUGGUGGUGGCUGCCGAAAGACCCGUCGUGGGAAGUCAGCUAAGGUUAUUUCCACCCUUUCUUCUUCUCUUCCUUCGCCAUCCAAUUCUUUUCGGCCAGACCAGGCCCUCGAAAACAUGUCUGGCAGAACAGGUGGAAACUUUCUUAUGUCGGAUCAAUACUUAGACCAAACUCCGCUGAGCUUCACACAGGAAGCUUUUGCCCAAGCCCAUGAUUUUGAUACCAAUUUGAUGGAGGCGAGCAGGGAAGAUUAUUAG